AUGGGUUUGACGCGUUGUCUCGGUUGUCCGCAGAAGCCACCUGUUGAAAUUACCGGCAUCGAUGGAAAAGGAGUCACUCUGGCGCCAGGAGUGAAUGGCAGCCUGACAUCGAUUACCUGGAAGAAAUCAGAGGAUAUAGUGGCAGAAUGGGAUGAACACGAAUGGUUUGCCGCUCAUUUAGAGGGAAGAGCAGAGCUGGAUCGAACUUCCGGCAGCCUGACUUUCUUAAAGCUGCAACGGGACGAUGCCGGAGAAUACACAGCAGAAGCUUUAGUGGCGGGUGAAAUCCAGUGCACGUUCUUCUCUCUACGGAUUCUGGAGCCUCCCAAGCCACCUCAGUUAAACUGCACAGAAAUUGGUGAUCGAAUCUGGGUAAGCUGCGAGCAAGAUGCCCAGGACGUGGCGCUAAAGAGAACCCCAACGUACAAGUGGAAAUACCAGAAAAGCGAGAAAAAGAUUCCGGGGAACAACUCCACUAUCCUGCUUGAGAAGGACAUAGACCUUUCGCAGAACGUCACCUGCGUCGUCAGCGUCUAUGAUGCAAACUCCAGCUCGUCCAUCCUUCUGAAGGACUGUAUCCCAGCAGGACAGCUCAAUAUCUUAAGGUGCGGGCGAUCGCAAGAUUGUGAAGAUAGGACUGGUGCUGAUGGGACACCUCCAGAACAACAGCCUCUUCAAGCAGAAUGUUCUGGGAACUUGGAAGAAAACAACACAGAAGGUUCGCUGAAGGAAGAGGGAAAUCGCUGUGCUGUCCAAAGGAGGCCAGGCCCCAAAGAGGGAUUUGGGGCCAGCGUCUCCACGACUGCUGUGUUCCUCAACCCAGGAACAUCUUCAGAAGGCGGAACAGGGCAGGCCUCAGCCACAGCACUGUUGGGUAAAGAUGCUUCCCAGGAGAAAGACAGCGACUCAGGAGCUUAA